AUGUUGGGCGACACCAGGAAGAUGUGGCCCUUGCUACCAUCUACCGAGGAGAUUGCGACAAAUAACGCAUCCGAUGACAAUGGAUCAAGCCCCAAAGCUGAAACAUCGGAUGAUACGAGGGUCAAGUUACCCCCGAUUACCGAACUGCUAGGAUGGGCCGGUCGCGCAUCUCCAAAGCCAACAUACUCUUUCAACCCUUCGCAACCCCCGGCCCUUCCCGGUCUUUGUCACCCGCAUCCAAGAACAGAUCUGGAAGACUACGAUUCCAAGUUUAGCCCUGCGGAUGGUUUGUUUGAGGGUAUGCCUAUCAAGAUUGUUCCCAAGGCUUGGGACUCAAACCACAAAGGUCUUGGACCUCAUUGUAACGAAACCCAACAAGAGCCGGAAUCAAAGGAUAUGCCCACUCCUUUGCCAGCCGUCAAGCGACAGAGGGAACUUGAUGAAUCGGACGAAAUUGAUCCAGAUAUUUUCAAAUACCGUACGGCGGAUGGUACACCUCAGGUUGCGAUUCGUAAAUCUCGGACACCUCCCGAUCCGGGCGCUCCGCCAGGACGGGUUAAGAAACAGAGAGAUAAUGAGUCAGAACACAAGAACAAUGCAGAGUUGGAGAAGAUGUGA